AGGUGCUAAACUCCGAAAAGCGCGCAUUUCCUCAGAUCCGCGGGUGCGAGCGAUCAUGGCGCUGCAGGCGGUGUGCGGGGCCCCCGGUGCGCUGCGGGGCCGCCUGGCUCUCCCAGACGAGGACGAUGAGGGUCGCUCGGACCCUGGACACUACAGCUUCUCGCUGCGAUCUCCGGAGCUCGCCAUCCCGCGGGGGCUGCAGCCCACAGAUUUCCUCCAAUCUCUGGGCGGGAGAGGAGAAAGCAACGUGCAGAUCCAGAUGGCCCACGGCACUACCACGCUGGCCUUCAAGUUCCAGCACGGGGUGAUUGUGGCGGUGGAUUCUCGAGCCUCUGCGGGGAAUUACAUCGCCACCUUAAGAGUGAAUAAGGUGAUCGAGAUCAACCCAUACCUGCUGGGCACCAUGUCUGGGUGUGCUGCAGACUGUCAGUAUUGGGAACGGCUGCUGGCCAAGGAAUGCAGGCUUUACUACCUGCGGAAUGGGGAGCGAAUCUCCGUGUCAGCGGCUUCCAAGUUGCUCUCCAACAUGAUGUGCCAGUACCGGGGAAUGGGCCUCUCCAUGGGCAGCAUGAUCUGUGGCUGGGACAAGAAGGGUCCUGGACUCUACUAUGUAGAUGACAAUGGAACCCGACUAUCAGGAAAAAUGUUCUCCACUGGGAGUGGGAACACUUAUGCUUAUGGGGUUAUGGAUAGUGGCUAUAGGCAUAACCUUAGCCCGGAAGAGGCCUAUGACCUAGGUCGCCGGGCCAUUGUCCACGCUACCCAUCGGGACAGCUAUUCUGGAGGCGUUGUCAACAUGUACCACAUGAAGGAAGACGGUUGGGUCAAAGUGGAAAGUACUGACGUCAGUGAGCUGAUGCACCAAUAUCGAGAGGCCAAGCAGUAACAGCCCUGGCGAUUGGAUAGCCUCACUUAGGAAGGCUUGGCUAACUCAGGGACGGGGCAGAGAGCCCCAGAGAAAGGGACCUAAUCUGAGCCCUGAUGUGGAGACCAACAGAGUGGGGACUGGAGUGGUUCACUCUUGUGUGUUCAUUAUUUUACAAGCAUUCUUACCAUCCUUCCCCGACUUUCUGGGUGCUUCAGGGAGCACAAUAAAGAUGGUUAUAAAUGUCUUUGU